UUUAGGCUUCCGAAGUUCAUUGUUCUUGUUUUAGUGAUCAUUUUCUCUCUUUCACCCAAUCGUCAUUGCCCUUUGAAUAUUUAUUCAUCUUCAUGUGGGAAAAAGAGAUGGGUGAAGCCAUGUAAAAUUGUUAAAUGCAAAGUUACAGCUACUUUGAGCUUCAUUGAUAGAUAAUGGUAUAAUGGGGAAACAAGGGUCACAUAAAAGUCCACGUCCUGAGUUCCAGGGUGCUAAUAGUGUAAUCUUAGGAAUGAAAGAUUACAAGAUAACAAGCAGUGAUCCCCCUUCUUGGAAGAGGAUGACAGGGGUUGAUUGCCGUUGGCAUUCCAAAACAUUGUUGCUUCAUGGACUGAAAAGUGAUUCUUCAAAAUGCAAUUCUUGUAGGGGGCUCUAUGUUGGCAAAAAGCACAUCAGGGCCAUUGUUGUCAUGUUUGGAUUAUUGGGUUGCCUUUUCCUUCUUGAUUCUCUAAUCAUUUCCUGUUUUGAGUUUACAAGUCUUCAACCCAGUACUGCCUCAAAUAAUUCAAGUGUGUUUAAGGGUAGAGAUUCCUACAUCAGCAACAAACAAUCGCCAGUAUAUAUGUAUGGUCGGCUUCUAAACUUGGCUUCCAGUGCUCUUGCAGAGAAAGAGUUCAAGCAAGAGUCAUCCAAUUUAUGGGUGGAACCAUAUCGGCAUGCAUCUUCAUGGGAACCUUGUGCAGAAAGAAAAGUUCAAGCCAAUCCGGGGAAGCCUGUGAAAAAUAAUGGCUACAUCUUAGUCAGUGCAAAUGGUGGUCUUAAUCAACAAAGAGUUGCUAUUUGCAAUGCUGUUGCUGUGGCAUCUCUCCUUAAUGCAACUCUAGUUAUUCCAAAAUUUCUUUACAGCAACGUAUGGAAGGAUCCAAGCCAGUUCGGUGACAUAUACCAGGAGGAGUAUUUCAUGAAUAUUCUGAAGGAUGAUAUCAGUAUAGAGAAGGAACUUCCACCUCAUAUGAAAUCUCUGAAUGUUGAAGCGAUUGGUAGCCAGAUUACAGAUGCAGAUCUUGCGAAGGAGGCCACUUCUGAUGACUACAUUAAAAGUGUGCUUCCUCUUCUUUUGAGAAAUAGAAUUGUUCACUUCCUGGGAUUUGGAAAUCGACUUGGUUUUGAUCCAAUGCCUUUUAAUAUUCAGAGGUUAAGAUGCAAAUGCAAUUUCCAUGCUUUGAAGUUCGUGCCAAAGAUUCAACAAGUUGGUGCGUUAUUGAUCAAAAGGAUUAGAAAAUACAGUGCUCGACGAAGCAUGUUAGACACUCAAUUGUUGGGGAAGUUCAUCCACAACAAGGAAAAUCAUGAAGCUACAAGGGGCUCAACAAAAUACCUUGCUUUGCACAUGAGAUUUGAGAUAGAUAUGGUGGCCUAUUCCUUAUGUGAAUUUGGAGGUGGGGAAGACGAGAGAAAGGAACUUCAAGCCUACAGAGAAAAACAUUUCCCUCUUUUUCUUGAGCGCUUGAAGAAGAAUUCAACCUCUAUUUCACCAACGGAUUUGAGAAAAAUGGGAAGAUGCCCCUCGACACCAGAAGAAGCAGCAAUUGUUCUAGCAGGUCUUGGUUUCAAACGUGGAACUUACAUAUACUUGGCUGGUUCUCAUAUUUAUGGUGGAAACUCAAGAAUGGAGCCCUUCACCAGACUCUAUCCUAACGUGAUAGCAAAAGAAAACUUGCUUACACCCAGUGAAUUGGCGCCUUUCAGGAAUUUUUCUUCUCAGCUGGCUGCUUUGGAUUUCAUAGCAUGUGCAAGUGCUGAUGUAUUUGCCAUGACUGACUCUGGUAGCCAACUUUCAUCAUUGGUAUCUGGAUUCAGAACCUACUAUGGUGGUGCUCAUGCUCCUACAUUGCGGCCUAACAAGACAAGGCUAGCAUCAAUUUUGAGGGAGAAUGGGACCAUAGCAUGGAACAGUUUUGAACUCAGAGUAAAGAAAAUGAUUCUGGAAGGUCAGAGAGCUGCUAUUAGGAGUUAUGGUCGAAGCAUUUAUAGAAAUCCCAGGUGCCCAGAGUGCAUGUGCAAACACCAUUAGCUAGUCCUUGCAUUAGAAAACUUCAACCCUUGUUAAUAUAAAACACUUCUGAGAUUGAAUUUCCUUAGCCAUU